AGCGUUGUCCCAUUGGCUAGGUCUGAGUUAAUCCCCCAGUCCAUGUAUUUUAUAUUUUCACAGAACUUGAAAACACUUCAUUGGAAAGAUUCCAAGGCCGGGGUUGGCGUAGACCGAAGAUGGCACAGGAGUACAGCGUAUCAUGCAAGGAUCUGGAUGUAACCUUUGUGAGGAAAGGUUACGGAAAAAAUGAGGUAAAGGUUCUCCAAAUUAAGAGGAACGGAAAACAGCAUUUUAUCAAAGAAAUCGAAGCCUCGGUUCAACUUUCCUUAAAGUCCAAGAAGGAUUAUUUGGAGGGAGAUAAUUCUGAUAUUAUCCCUACAGAUACCAUAAAGAAUACAGUAUACGCUCUGGCAAAGCUUAAAGGGAUUAAAACUAUUGAAGAAUUUUCUUUGGAGAUAUGUAAACAUUUUCUUUCGUCAUUUAAUCAUGUUAGCGAAGUACAGGUUAACAUCCAGCAAGCCCCAUGGAAGCGAAUAGAAAAGAAUGGGGAGACACAUGUCCAUGCCUUUAUCUAUUCACCAGAGGGAGUCCAUACAUGUGAAGUGGAGCAAAAACGAGAAGGUCCCCCCGUGAUUCGUUCUGGGAUUAAGGAGCUUCGAGUCCUUAAAACCACCCAGUCUGGGUUUGAAGGAUUUAUUAAAGAUCGAUUUACAACUCUGCAGGAAGUGAAAGAUCGAUGCUUCUCCACAGUCGUAAACUGCAAAUGGAAAUAUAACACUAAUAAGGUAGCGGAUUACGAUUCUGUAUGGGAAAUUAUUAAAGAGACGAUCCUGGACACAUUCGCCGGGCCUUUUGAUAAGGGGGAAUAUUCACCGUCUAUCCAGAAGACACUGUUUGAUAUCCAGACGCUGAGCUUAAGAAAGGUUCCAGAGAUUGAAGAAAUUGAACUGAUUUUGCCAAACAAACACUAUUUUUCUAUUGAUAUGAGCAAACUGGGGCUCUCCAACUCGGAUGAGAUACUUCUACCCUCGGACAAUCCGUAUGGGAAUAUCACCGGCACCAUCAGAAGAACACCUCUUUCCAAACUGUGAUUCCAGUGAUCUAGUCUUUAACCAGUGAUUUAAUUAAUAAAAUGGAAUGAUCAUUC